AUAUCCCAUAGCUCUUCAAGAAGCAGGAUACACAACAAGACAGUUGAUAAGUAUACACACCUCGUGAUCUAUACACAGCGCGGGGUGUCAUGGUAACCUCACUCGUAAAUACAUGGAAAGCGACCGGUCCAAGGAAAGGUACCGGUGUCGGCGAUGGCUGACAAGGAUACAGAUAUACAUGCGUAGACGACACCGAAGUGGAGGAAGAAUCAUGUUGCGGGGGAAGCCAGCGUUGGUGGUUCUGGCACUACUCCUGCUAGUCGGGACAUUGGUUGCAUAUUACUCCUGGAAUCGGGGCUCCUCGGUCACCUCCAACGCUAGGUUUGAGAAAUAUCGUCAAGUUAGUGGUUUCAAGCAAAGGAACAUGGGCAAGAAGUACAAGCCUCAAGAUGGCCCUCAAAUGCAGGACCCUCCCAACUUUGAGAAUCGGAUGUUCAAGGGCAAGAACAAGUUCGGGGGGGUCCAUCAGAUGCCGCUGGAACCGAAACAGUUUGGAUCUCAGGAGGAACUUGAAAGAGGAUUGAAUGAUGAUUACAAGUUCAGAGAAGAUGCUGACGACAGAGAUGGUAGAGAUUUUUAUAAGGACAAAGACGUAAAGGAAGAUCCAAGGAAAGACUUCAAAAUAAAGGAAGACGUGAAAGAGGAUCCCAGGAGCAAUUUCCAAGAUUUCAGUGAGAAGAAAACAGGAGGUAUUCUUUAUCCACAGUUGUAUGUCAAGCCUGAUGCGGUGUUGAUUGAACGCUUCAGAAAGAUGGAACACAUAGUCCAUAUCGAUUUGAAAGGGGCUCCUCCCAAGAUUGAUUAUCUCAUUCGUCUUUUCCCCCUAAUGUCUAAGCUUGGAGCUACCGGUUUGUUGUUGGAAUAUGAAGACAUGUUUCCCUAUAAUAAUGAACUCCAGAUCCUUGCUGCAAAUAAUGCCUACAAUAGAGAUGACAUUAGACGUCUGCUCGAAGCUGCCAAGGUGAAUAAACUGAAAGUCAUCCCACUUGUUCAGACAUUUGGUCAUAUGGAGUUUGUUCUGAAGUAUCCCAAGUAUCAACACUUACGAGAAUCAACAGACACACCACAAGUGAUCACUCCUGUUAUGCUUGGGUCGUAUGAGCUCAUCAAUAAGAUAAUUGAUCAGGUAAUGUCUCUCCAUCCAGAUUCCCCCUACGUCCACAUAGGCUGCGAUGAAGUUUAUGAGUUGGGGAAAGGCUUGUCAGGAGAGUACAUGAAGCAACACAACUUCACCAAGUACCAGUUGUUCCUGCAACAUGUCAAGAAGGUGGCAGAGUUUGUGCCAACCAAGUUCCCCAAGACCAAAGUUAUCAUGUGGGAUGAUGAAUUACGUCAUAUGCCAGACCGCUUGAUUGAGCAAUCUGGCUUGGGAAGCAAGGUAGAGUUGAUGGUUUGGAGCUACACUCCCCAUCCCAGUCAGAGAUUCCCAAAGGACAUGUGGGCCAAGUACAGCAAGCACUUUCCUGGAGUGUGGGCAGCCUCGUCCUUCAAGGGCGCAACUGGGAGUGCCCAGUUCUUCACCAAUGUCUCCUAUCACCUUGAGAACCACAUCAACUGGAUUCAGCUUGUGAAGCAAAUCAAGGACAUUCUGCCAUUGGAGAAGUUCCGAGGAUUUGCAAUGACUGGAUGGCAGAGGUAUGAUCACUUUGCCACCUUGUGUGAACUGUUACCAUCAUCAAUUCCUUCAAUGGCUGUCAACCUAAUGGCCAUUCAAAAUGGUGGGUUCACAGCAGACAUACACAAUGUCACCAGCAAGAUGCUAAAUUGUAGUCAACUGAUUGAGCUUGAUUUUCCAAAGAAAGUGAAUAAUUCAUACAUCAUAUCUCAAGACUGCAAGUUCCCUGGAAGUAUGUUCUACUAUGCUGUGCAGCAGUUGUGGGGAGACAUGGACAAAUAUCACAGCGAUGCUGGCCUUCAAUCGAGAAUUGAGGGCUGGAUGACUAACUACCAUGUAAAGAACCAGUUCUCAAACCCGGGACAGAUGAAAGUUUUGAAGAAGAAGCUUGGCAAGAUUCUCGAGAAGCUUAAGAAGCUUGAGGUACCUGUACGUGACUCUUUGAAGAGUGUUUUUGAUGCGGAAACAAUUGAGGAAUGGGUUCAAGUGCAUCUGAAUCAGAGGAUUAAUGAUUUACAGGACAAAUACAAUAAGGCUGACAUGCUGCUACAAAAGAAAGUGUGGAAUAAACGACCUCCGGCAGCUGGAACUUCACUAAAGCCAAUGAUGAGAGAUUUCUCACACGCUUAUAGGGAGCAGCAGCGACAACAGCAACAGCAGCAGCAGCAACAACAGCAGGGACAACGUUUUGCCAAUGAUGUGGCAUAUAGGCAGGGUCAGUCAAAGGUUAACAGUCAGCUUGGCAACCAAAAUGGAUACCAGCGACAGUCGCAAGACAAAAGAAUACUAAAUAUGCAAUAUAAUGUUGGAAACCAGCUGAGUUUCAAUGCACGGAAUGGACUACUAAACAACCCAAGUGGGGCACAACAAACAUUCGGCCAACGCUCUCAAGGCAGUAAUUUAAAUAAUCCUUUGGGCAAUACAAACCAAAAUCAGAAACCUUUUGGACAGAAUGCUUUUCGCCAAAAUAAUCUCCCACAGAAUGUUGGAAUAGAUGGAAAGAGGCAGUUCAAUAAUGGAGACAAGUUCGACAAAACGAGAAUUCUGAUAGGAAACAAUACGUUCCAGCAAUACAAGGCUCAGAAUGGCGGCGAUCCAAAAGGACCACCUGAUGGUUUUCCUGGAAAAGACAAACCCCUGGGUAACAUCUACCUUCAAAGAGCUAAGGGCUUCCAAAAUGGAGGAAGUGACCCUUUGAAGAGAGGUGAUGAAGUUAGAGGGCAGCAACAGUUUGAGAAGAAGGACAAUCAGAUGAAUGGACUAAGGAAAGAAGGACUGGAUGAUGCUAAGAGAAAGGAUGCUCUUGGCGGGAGUAAGUCUGUCCAAGGAGAAAACAAGUUGUUUGACAACAAAAAAACACUGUUUAGGGAGGUCAAGGUGGAAAAGCAGUUUGGGGAUGUAAACAAAAGAAGUGUUAAUGGGAAGGGGGUUGAUUAUAAUGAUGGAGAGGAGGAGGAGGUCCAGAAGGAAUUACGGCGAGGAUGGAAGUCGAAGUGACCUGAUUAUAUCCUGUGAAUAUGUACAGUCUCAUGUUUAACAACAAUCCUUUUUGGAAGGAGAGACGUUGGUUGUCUUUAAGGAAUGAUGAAUGGAUUGUAUGCAGAAGAAAGAUUGAUAAAGAUGGAAUUUGAUUCAGAUAAAUGACUGGUCAUAAUGUUAUAAUUCAACAGAAAUUCUAUGGAAAAUUGGGUAGAUUUUCAAACACUGGCGUAACUGAUAACACUUAAUAGCUGUCAACAACAAAUUGUUGGAAUAAUUGAUACUAAUGUAUUACCAUUUGGGUGAUUUAGUAAUGUAUGACAAUGUGUAGGAUUAAGGUAAAUGUGUUUCUUGUGAUUGUUUCAACUUGGCUUCUGUCAAAAGAAAAUUAUUCUAUUAAAUCUGAAUAUGGAAAUGUAAGCAUGUUUAUUUUUCCUCAUAUGUUAUCAUGUAAAAAAUAGUUUUAUAUCUCUAACGCAAAACAAGGAAACUUUGAAUGGUAUUUAACAGGAUGAUGAUGAUGAUGAUGAUGAUGAUGAUGAUGAUGACUAUUCGUUAUUAAUAUGUCAACUUGUGAUAGACAGCUAUAAUAGAAGCAAUAUACAGAGAUGCCAACACUUGGAUUUUCAAAUACAACAUUUGCUCUCUGAUUUGUCUUUAAAAACUAUGAUUUUUUAGAAACUACAAGUAUAUGUUUAUGAAUUUAGAAUGUUUGAAAUAAUUUUAGUAAAUAUCCAUUUAAAUAUGUUAAUUUGAGUUAUGUCUUGAGUAAUGCAGGAAAUUGCUUAUUUCCACGCUAAAUCUAAAGAUUUUCAUGGGGGCGGCCCCCAGACUCCCACCAUCCAAAGGGGCCAAGACCCUCUCACACUCACCCCCAGGUCGCACCUUCAGGGCUCAGGGCUAGGUUUCAGGCAGGAAGGACUCCGCUUUCAUUAGAUUCAGGGUUGACGUCUCUGAAUAUAUCCCUGUAGGGAUGGCUAUCACAAUAGAUAAUAGAGAUUGAUAAUUGUUAACUAAAUAUCGAUUGAUUAAAAACUAAGUUUGAGCGAAAGUGGCUGAAGGAAAUUUUAUGAAAAGUAUUGAAAA